AUGUGGCAGGUGCUCCGCCGCAUUGGCGUUGAGCCCCGGUUCAUUAACCGUUUCCAGGACAUCUAUCAUGAGUCGUCCUUUGUGGUAGUGAAUUUGCAGGACGGUGCGACUGACCCAGUGAGGCAGGAGGUUGGUGUCUACCAAGGGUGCCCCUUGAUCCCACUCCUGUUCAUCGCUGGCCUGGUCCCACUUGUUCGACGCUUGGAACAGCUGGAGGAUGUCGGUGUGCCGCUGGCGGAUGGUGUUCGGCCGUGCACCACCGCCUAUGCUGAUGACAUCAAAGUUUACAGCAAAAGCGCUGCCGGCAUCCAAAGUUGUCAUGGUGUGGUCAAGCGCUUCCUCGCAUGGAUCGGGUUGCGUACCAACACGGCUUAG